AGGAAAUCCCAGGCAGCUGCUGUGGGAGCCAUCGCCUCUCCACUUUCCUCACCUCUCUCCUUGCCUUGCCGGGCUGUGAGGCGAGCUGAGCCAGCCCUGCGUGUGUGUGCAUGCGUAGGCGGGGGGGCUGCCGCAUGGAUUUAGCGAAGGCUGGGAGGGAACACAUGGGUUGGGUUUUUUUUUUCUUGGCCCGCGGUGGCUGUCCGUCCUGCCGGUCGCGGUUAUGGAUUCAAUCAUUAUUCAGGAGCGGUUAGUGGAGCGGCUGCUUUCUCCCCGAACGCAGGCACAGCGAAGCCACCCGGCCAAGCUGAAGGACCAUGAGAAGCAGUACGUGGGCUUUGCCACUCUGCCCAACCAGGUCCACCGGAAAUCCGUCAAGAAAGGUUUCGACUUCACCCUGAUGGUCGCAGGAGAGUCGGGUCUGGGCAAAUCCACGCUGGUGAAUAGCCUGUUCCUGACAGACCUCUACAAAGACAGAAAGCUCCUCAAUGCAGAGGAGAGAAUCAGCCAGACCGUGGAGAUUGUGAAGCACACGGUGGACAUUGAGGAGAAGGGUGUCAAGCUGAAGCUGACCAUAGUGGACACACCAGGCUUUGGAGAUGCUGUUAACAACACUGAGUGCUGGAAGCCCAUCACCGACUACAUUGACCAGCAGUUUGAGCAGUAUUUUCGUGAUGAGAGUGGCCUGAACCGUAAGAACAUCCAGGACAACCGAGUGCAUUGCUGCCUCUACUUCAUCUCACCCUUCGGGCAUGGGCUGAGGCCAGUGGAUGUUGAGUUCAUGAAGGCUCUACAUGAGAAGGUCAACAUUGUGCCCCUGAUUGCCAAAGCUGACUGCCUGAUCCCCUCUGAGAUCCGGAAGCUAAAAGAGAGGAUCCGGGAAGAGAUUGACAAAUUUGGCAUUAAAGUGUACCAGUUUCCUGAGUGUGACUCUGAUGAAGAUGAGGAGUUCAAGCAGCAAGACAGAGAGCUGAAGGAGAGCGCUCCCUUUGCCGUCAUCGGCAGUAACACUGUGGUGGAGGCGAAAGGCCAGCGUGUCCGUGGACGGCUCUACCCCUGGGGCAUUGUGGAAGUGGAAAACCAGGCACACUGCGACUUUGUGAAGCUGCGGAACAUGCUGAUCCGGACACACAUGCAUGACCUGAAGGAUGUCACUUGUGAUGUCCACUAUGAGAACUACCGAGCUCAGUGCAUCCAGCAAAUGACCAGCAAGCUGACUCAGGACAACAGGAUAGAAAGCCCGAUUCCCAUCCUGCCUCUCCCAACACCAGACACUGAGACAGAGAAGCUGAUCAAAAUGAAGGAUGAGGAGUUACGGCGGAUGCAAGAGAUGCUGCAGAAGAUGCAGCAGCAGAUGCAGGAUCAGUGAGAGGAAGGUACUUGGAGGGCAGAGGGAAUUCCCCAGUGACCAUCUGAGGCCUGGCAAGAGCUGUGGACGUUUAGAAAAGGUUUCCUGUUGUAUAGAGACUUGUGGGCAAGAGCUGCACCCACACCCUCUAAUUUAUUAGCAGCAAUGCUGGCUUUGCGGUCAGCUGGAUUGUGGAGGAGGCUGUUCACUUAACAGUUUACUGAUGUGUAUUUCUUUUUUAUUAAUUAUUCUUUCUUUUCUUUUUUUUUUUUUUUUUUU